UUUGAUCUGUUGUUAUGGAAGAAGAGAGCAUAACCGGGCGCUCGGCUUCGGGUUUGCCGUUCAGCUCCCCGCCUGUGAAGAUGUUAGCCCGGCGGCUUACCGAGUGUGUGAAGAGACCCGGCACCUCCCCUACCUUCUGGCUGGAGAGAGGCCAUGGAGUCUCGGCGCUGGAGGUCAGCCUGGUGUGGAUGCAGGGUCGGGUAACACAGGUGCGACCUGAGCGCGGCACGACCCUCCGCCUAAGUGAUGACACGCACAGCUUUACCGUGUGUGGUGCUGCUAACGUGCCCAAGGGCAAACCGUGCCUGGAGAUAGGUAAAUAUGUGAUGGUAAUGGGCGUGGUAUUAUCUUGCAAUCCUGAACCUAUUCUGCGUGCUGUGAAAAUUACAGAUUUAUCGCACAGUGCUGUGCAUUGCGACAUGUGGACAUUUGAAGUGGAGGAUCUGCACAGGAACCUUAACUGUUAAACUGCAUUUCACAAGAAUUUAAACGUCUAAAUGCACCUGUCUGUAAUGGACAUAACAUGCUAAAUCACUUAAAAGUGAUGUAGCAUUACUGUAAAAUGCUGACAGGAAAAUAUCGCCUGAAUGUGUGUGUGUGUGUA